AUGGAGACAGGGACGGUGCUGUUUGAGAUCACCAAACCACCAGCACCAGAGAGACCGCCGGGCGAAAAGAAGGACUUGGACCCCAACGGAGGCCGCUUCGUCCGUUACCAGUUCACCCCCGCCUUCCUGCAGCUGCGCCAGGUCGGAGCCACUGUGGAGUUCACAGUGGGAGACAUGCCCAUCAACAACUUCAGGAUGAUUGAGAGGCACUACUUCAGAGAGCAGCUCCUCAAGAGCUUUGAUUUUGAGUUUGGUUUCUGUAUGCCCAGCAGCAAGAACACCUGUGAACACAUCUAUGAGUUCCCCCCUCUGUCAGAGGACAUCAUGAGUGAGAUGAUCCUGCACCCAUACAAAACGCAGUCCGACAGCUUCUACUUUGUGGACAACAAGCUGGUGAUGCACAACAAGGCAGACUACUCCUACAGUGGGAGUCCAUAGGACCACAGGACCCCCCUAGACACCUAGACCCAUCCCAACUCCAACUCAAUCCCACCCCCCCAUGGGACCACGGACAGACAGACAGACGAACGUGCUGACGAAUGGAGAGAUGUAUGGACGGACUGACAGGUCACAAGCAACAGGACUGAUGGACAGCCUCACGCACUCUCAGCAGCUUUAUUUCUCCAAUCAGAAUUCCCUCAUUGCUUGUUAUCGCCUCAAUUGCAAUCCCCUACUCCAAGUCUCUUGCAAUGACCUCUCAACUUAUGUUUCUGUGUCUGAUAGAGAGUGUUGUAGAUGUGUUCACAGUGUAGCAUACAUAAACACACACAUACCUUCGCUAUGGGACACAUCUGAUGUGGCCUGAUCUAGACAAAAUAAAAGCACAACAAGUACAGUAUGUAAGGGCCAGUAACAAUGAAUGAGAUUGACUGUCUAGUCAGUGUUUUCUGAAGGGCUCAGUCAAUCUGCUAAAGAGAAAAAGAGAGCAGGAAAGAGAGAAAAAGGAGAGACAGAAAAAAUUGAGAGAGAGAACGAGAGAUAGAGAGAGGGUCUGCUUAUCUGCCCUUCAUCACAUUGACAUGAAGCUAUUUAAACAACAGACAGACAGACCCGCCAGUUGUCUGUCGCAGGACCAAGUGACACAGACACACAAUUCUCUGACAUCCUCAAAACAUGUAUUCUAGUCGAGCAAGCAGAACCUAUAUAUUUCUACUAGGGUUCAGCAACUUUUUUUUACUCUUAAAGAAAGUCAAAAAAGUUUAUUGAAUUUCUAAUAAAUAGCCAUUAGCUCUGAAUGACUCGAUGUCCCUGAUAGGAAUAGUACUACUGUUUGAUGAAGUUCUUUGUCGAUCACCAUUCCACUAGAAACCAGUCAAAUGCCAUUAGGGUACAGUAAGUCGUAGAAUGGGACAGGUACUCUUUUAAAGUGAAUGUGUCGUAUUUAGGGAUGUAAAAUUCUAGCUUUCCCAA